AUGGAGAGUGCCCCCAACUGUCAUUUCAAACAAUGUUCACCGUGUUCUGCGUCGUCGAGGGCGAGGGGCGUCCUUUCCCUGUGGACAUUGCUGGAACUGGGGCAUCUCAAGGAAGGGAUCAAGCAAGCCAAGAUGUACCAGUUUCCAUCGGACCAACUGGAUCUGUACCGUGUGGAAGGGCUGGUGCAAGGCCAGGAUGGUCAGUUUUUGCUCAACGGGAACCCCAUUGACUUGACACGAGCGUCCUUGGAUUCCUAUGGCGGCCACAAGGCCAAUAUGCCUGCUGCGUCACUCAUCUCGGAAUGUUUCGACACAACGAGCGCCCCCCUUGCUCGAAAAAUCCACGUGGUGGUCGCUCGGUUGGACGAUUUUCCCAAUACAAGCUAUAAACGCUGGACGAAACUCGACGCUGCGAUGGAUCAAUACAAGUCGUGGCAUGGUGGUGUGUAUGGGGCCCCGCUGGCAGACGUGUCGUGGUCCGAUGUCGGUUGGGUAUUUGACAAGUGCACGAGCCACCAAGAGUUGCCCCGAGAAGUCAUUGCACCAGAUCAUAUGGGUGCAUUAUACGCGUGCCUCAAGCUUGGCACGAAAGCCCUUGGUGGCGUCGUUGGAAGCAACGAAUCGACGCGCCUGUUCUUCAUCACUUCGACCUUAGUCCAUGUGGCGUGUCUGUGCAUGGACAACUCGACUUUGUGCUAUGGCGUGGCGCUACAAGCAUCUGCAUCGUGCAAAUAA